AUGGUUUGGUGCGCUAUGACAAUUCUACUGGCAACAUAUUUUUGUUGUGAGUGCAGUGGCGCAAAUUCGAGGUACGUUUAAAUUUUAACAUUGUAGGUAAGUCCUCAAAAAUUACUUGAUUUUUUAAAGAACUAUGCGAAUUCCGUCAAGAGUGUUUAUACUAUCAAACAUCACGACAGUCGAUAUAACAUUUGCACCAUCCAAUCUCACUCAGUCAAAACUUGGUUUCCUUUGGUUGUUGUUAUAUUUGGUGGUUUUCAUUUUAAGCACACUUUCAAGGAAGGAAAAUAACGAGACAAGAAUAGACACAGAUUUGGCUUUAAAGCGUCUGUACGUCAUGCUAUGUAGGCUAACUUGGAAGUCUUGGUGGUGGAACUUGUCCAUCUUUGGACAUCAUCACUGUAUGACACCUGAAAACAAAACAUAAACCAAUACAUUUGUGUUUAGCGCUAAGAUCCAUGCAUGCUAAGAACAAUACGUCACUAUUCAGUGCAGCUUUGUCGAAUUCUGCAGGUGACGAGAGAAAAAGGGAAUAGUCAUGGCUCUCCCGCUUUCUCUGUGGAUUAUCUAAAAAUAUUGAGCAUAUGAAAUUUGUAAGGGAGAAAGUCUUUGAAAUACUUAUAAACAGGAACAAACACCUCAGCCAACUCAACGUGCACACAGUGAGUACUUUAGUAAAGAAUAUUUAAGGGAUCGAAUAAACCCUAACUCUAGGUAUUCGUUUCACAGAAGCAUCCAAAGAUAUUUACUACCUUUAGCUAUAAAGGCUGACGUAAAUCGGAUUUCUUCCACAGGGCUGUAGCAUGGGGAGCGGCCGGGGAGCCGUGACCCGCCCCCCUCAGUUUUUUGCUAACUUCUGGUAACGAAGAAAUGUGGCAACCCGUUGCCGCAACAACAACUUUAUCAAAAUUAAUUACCCACAAGAGCAAAAUAACGAAAUUUACAUGUAAUUACAUAUAAGAUAUUUUAACAACCUUGAAAUUAACUAUAUUAAAAAUACCUUUCAAUCUUGUUUUCUAGUUCUGGAUUAUUCUAGCUUGUCAUCAUUAUAUCUUAUUUUUCCAUCAUUUUCUUAGAAGGGAGGGCAACAAGACAGUUACGGAGGUUCUGGACAGUCUUUUAACGAAGGAACAUUAUGAUUCAAGGCUAAGACCCAAUUAUGAAGGUAAUAUGCAUAUAAUAUGAGAUCUCUGCUCUAAAAAAGUACGAAUUCUCAGAUUUUCAAUAAUCAUGCACGUUACUCUAAACAAUGGAACAGAUCGUGUCAUUUUUUGGCACACCAAACGAGUGACGAAUGCCAAAGUCAUUGAUUGAAUAAUUGAUUAAUUGAUCGAUUGAUUGAUUGAUUGAUUGAUUGAUUGAUUGACAGGCGGGCCUGUUGAAGUAACAGUCGGCUUUUGGGUUCUCUCCAUCAAUGCAAUAAAUGUGGUUGAUAUGGUAGGUGUUUACUAGCAUUGAAAAGAGUUCUUUAAACAGUACAUUUCUCGACUAAUGCUAUGGAAAUCCAGAUCGCGGUAGCCUGAGUAGAAGGGGUCGAAAGGGAUGGGGGCGGGGUGGGGGAGAGAAAAUGGAGAGGAGAUUUGCCUGAGGGCCUCCAUCUCCUUUUUCUUCUAUCGCUGAGUAAACAGCCGCUGGAGGCGUUUCUUCCUAGAAUCAUUAUUUUUUUUCUGUUGACCCCUUUGUUCUAUGUCACCAUUUCUCUGGUUUUAGUAGUAGAAAGACACACACAAAAAAACGAAACGAUCGAUGUGUCAAAAAAUUAACAUCAAAGAAAAGAACGCACGUCGAUAACUACCAAUUACAACUGUUGUGAGGUUAACUUAUUCGUGUCUUAUUUUAACUUACUUUUUAUCAUUUUAUUUCAUUUUCUAUUUAAUGUUUAAUCAUUUUUAGCUAGUCAAAAAUAAUGUUAACGCAAAAGGGAAAAAAAAAUUUUUUGAUCGACCCCCAUAACUUAACAAAAUGCUGGCGUUUAACCUAACAAAUUAAAGCAAUUUUGGCCGCUCUUUUUGUCCUUCGCGGGAAGAGUGGGAAAAGAGGGGGAGAGGAGGGCGUGGGCUUUCAUUGCCUCAACAGCGAUGCCUACCGACGGGAAUAAUUUAGUGAUUUGAAAGUGCUUAUGAAGAAAAAAUUUCGACCAGAGAAAAAGUCGGGAUAAUCAAGUUUUGAUUGUGCUUUUUGACUCUGCUGUUGCUGUUGUAACAAGGACUUUUUGUUGGACAUCUUCUUUCGACAAGAGUGGACAGACGAGCGGCUUGAUCACGGGCUCAACAAGACCAUGUUCCUUAGCAACACGGUAAUGGAUCGCAUCUGGAUGCCGGAUACGUACUUUGUAAACGCCAAACAUGGAAGCUUUCAUAAAAUCACUACUCACAAUAUAAUGAUUAUGAUCAUGCCAGGAGGAGUCGUCAAGUACAAUGCAAGGUACAUUUAAUAAAAAAAUUUCAGUUAAAUAUUUUAGAAUCCACACUAGGAAAAUCUUGGGCCACUUUGAGAGGUAAGCCAUAUAACGAACCCAGUCAGGUUCUUGAUGCAGAUAUCCAGAAGCUGAAGCAAAACUUAGUCUAGUUUUACCCCCCUCUCUUUGUCACGCAACGAUAGGACAACUUUCUUUGGCGCUGAUCCUUACACUGCGUUAUUUCCCGCCGCUUUCCCGGCGGCACAUAUGGAGUCUGCUGUGAUUGGUUUAUCUGGGACAAGAACAGACAUUUGUCCCCAUCUUUCGGUGUUGAGUAACGAAGAAAGAGGGCCAGAAAUUGCAUGAUCCAGCUAUGCUGAGCAAAGUGGAUGCAAACAGUUCACAAUUUGUGUAGAAUCUAUUUCCAGCCUGCUGACACAGUGGCACGAACAUUUUUAUCAAUCAAAAGGUGUAACAAUGUAUAACGACAUUUUGUGCCAAUUUCUAUCUUCUUGUCUGAAUUAUUUUCAGAAUAACCAUCAAAGCCGCCUGUCCGAUGGAUUUGAGAAAGUUUCCUAUGGACACACAACAUUGCCCUUUGUCGGUUGAAAGUUGUAAGUUAAAAUAUACUGACAUGUUUGUAAUACAGUAAUACAAAGGUUGUGUUAUUAACGGUGAUGAUGACAAUGAUGAUGACGAUGGUUGUCAAAUAUUUUCUUCACAGAUGGAUACAGCAAGGAACACAUAAAAUUCAAGUGGGAGAAAGGCAAAACAGAUGGAAUGUCAUUCGUUCCUGGUAACGCAAAAAUGUUGCCUCAGUAUAGUUUAGUAUCACUGAACCUUUCGAAGAUUUCCAACCGAUAUGUUGUUGGUAAGUCAUACUUCUACAAUGCCUUUUUGUUAAGAAUGCAGUGGCAUGGUAUUUCCCCCCCGCCCGCCCCCUUUCCCGCCUCCUAAUUCUCUCUUACUUCUGUUUGAGAUGGGCUGCUGGGAACAGAGGAGUGACUUCCAUGGGACGUCUUCAACUUGAUCUCGUGUUUGUCUAAACAUUCUCAUUUGUUCACUUUUGAGUUGCUUUUUUUUCACUCCGUCCAAAUGAACGCUUUUAAAGCGUCUUGUUGAUUUAAAACUGAAAAUAUCUCCAAUACAACACUUCAGUUUGCUGUUUGUGCUCGACAUCUAAAUGAGUUCAACGACCAAAACACUCAUAAGUGCUUCUUUUUUUCUCCUCAGGGAACUGGUCUGGAAUUAAGGCCGUAUUUACUUUUGAAAGAAUGGCCAGCUACUUUUUAAUCCACGUGUACAGCCCAUGCGCACUGAUCGUCAUUGUCUCCUGGAUCAGUUUCCUUCUGCCGCGCAGUUCUCCACCUGCGCGUGUCACGCUGGGCGUAACCUCUGUCCUCACUGUGGUCACCGUCAUGAAUAUGCUUAACAAUUCAAUGCCAAAGGUAAAAUAAGGAACCCAAAAUUAACAGUCAUUUUCUGAUAGAGAGGGUAAAGGUCUAGUGCAGGCUUAGAUGCACCAGGAAAGCUUUGCCCAGCUUAAACAUAUUCUUCUUUUCAAACUUGAGAAAUCUGGGUUGUAGAGUUGGCAUGGGUCAUGUUUAAGGUUGCUUUGGGCAUUGGCAAUUGGCAAUUGGGCAUUUGAGCAUACAGAACUCGCUGAAAUGAUUUGCUUCAGUGAAACACAAAAGCUGGGCUGUGCGCAAUUCCUAAUUUCCAAAGCAACCUUUAUUGAAUCUGCUAUAAACACCCCAAGGUUUUCCGCUCGGAGAGAAAUUAAUUUCAAGGAAGCUUUAGAGUCCUCAUUGAUCCUGAUACCCGUGUUACUUUGAGCGGAGGAACUUCAGCUAUGCCACGAGGCGGUUUUAAGUUAGAGGCCUGGAGGAAACCAACACCAGGCAACAAGUUUUCAACUUUAAAAAUUGCACAUGAAACUGUAGCUUUCAUCAGGGUUUUCGUUGGAAUCCUCCGAACGACGCCAGCGUAUCACUUCAAUAAGCAUGCCAGGAACUUCCUGUGCACAAAACAAACAUUAACAACCCGACUUUUCGAUUACCUUGCAGGUGAAUUACGUUAAGACAAUCGAUAAAUACCUCAUUGGAUGCUUUUUGUUUGUCUUCGCUUCGUUGGUUGAAUAUUCUAUUGUGCUGUUCUUAGCAGCCAGAAUGAAGAUAUAUCAAGAAUCGUACGAAUAUAAGAAAGACAACUGCAAGAAGUUCGGCACAGAUCCAAACAGCUUUAAAUUCCUAAACCACGGAGGAGGCGUCGUUUUUAACAGGGUAAGAAUUUUGCCCCUGAAAAGCUUAAAAAUUGUUCCUUGUUUACUAGUUAACCAUUUUUUAUGCCCCAUACAAAAAUUAGAAUGGAUAUCGAUACCCACAACUAUUAGGACUUCAAGGGUUUAGUCGUUAUUCAAAUGUAUCUCCCGUAAUUAAUCAAUGAGAGUAGAGGGCCACAAGAAAUCCGAUGCUAUUGUAAGAACUAAGCUUGGACUCUAUUAACCGAUCUCUCAAGGGCGUCUUUAAGAUUUCCAGAAAACCAUCUGUAUCACCAUUACAGCUAAUUUCUCCUUUGGCUUCUUUUUCAGCGCAGUAAAUCAGAGAAAAUAUGCAGCACUCAGUUAGAAAUGAUGGAAUUCUCUAAACUCGAGGAUGAAAUGAUAGAAACACCCACACAAAAGACGCAAAGAACAUGGCUGGAUAUAAAAGCUUUGAGAAAACGUUUUUACACUGAGAAAGCGAUCCUGGCUGUUGAUGAAUAUGCCCUUAUUUUAUUCCCUCUCAGUUUUGGUUUGUUUAACGUCUUGUAUUGGCUGACAAUUGCGAAUGAUUCGGAGUCAACGUUUACUAAUUCCUGA